GUUUAAGUGAAGCCACAAAAACUUAUCAAUGCGAUGAAUAAAGAAAAAUGAUCAUACAGAUAGAAGAUUUCAUAGCAGGGUGGAUUGCAGGGAUAUGUGGUCUUAUUGUUGGCCAUCCCCUAGACACAAUAAAAGUACGCCAACAAGCCUACGGAAGCAGUUUAAGAACAGCAAUCGGCAGAACUUACAGACAUGAGGGAUUCCGGGGCUACUUUAAAGGUAUGCUGUUUCCGCUGCUAACAGUGGGACCAUCGAAUGCGUUAAUGUUUGGAGUCUUCGGAACUACUCUGGCUUACCUGCAGCCCACACCGAGUGGCCAUCCUAAACACAGUUCUUUUCAUAAAGACGCAGGAAAGACCAAUAUAUUUCUUGCAGGAGUAGUUGGAGGGACAGCACAAACUAUAUUUAUUUGUCCCGUUGAAGUUGUGAAAACUGUUUUGCAGGCAAGAACUGAAGGAAAAGGAUCUUGGAGGAAGCACUACGAAGUACCGUAUCGAGGGACUUUUGAUGCCCUGAGAGGAAUUGUACGCGAUAUAGGGUUUACAGGAUUGUUUCGUGGUUUGGCUCCUCUGAUGAUUAGGGAUAUACCGACUAGUGGGCUGUAUGUCUUAACGUACGAUAUGUUGAUGUACUCUAAAUUUCAGUCGUACGAUAUUCCACACUUCGCGAGAGAAAUCUUUGCAGGAGGAUCUGCAGGUCAUUAUACUAUGCCCGAAUUUAGUCACCACGUGGCGUCACUUGUUAACCAUCUUGGAAUGUUUUUGAUCGGGUUUGUUAAUAGUACUAAUGUUUCUUUUUUAGGGAUAGCCUCGUGGUUGUUUGUAAUGCCAGUGGAUGUGGUAAAAACGCGAAUUCAAUCUGACGAUCCCCGGCACCCCUACUACAACGGCAUUAUCGAUUGUUUCAAAAAGUCCUACAAAAUGGACGGUUUCUCGAUAUUUUUUAGAGGAGCGCCUGCAACACUCAUGAGGACAUUUCCCGUAAACGCAGCCAUAUUUGUUACAUACCAGAAAGUAUUAAGUUGGUUUGAAGUCCACUACUAACUGUGUCGUGAAGUGAUUAAAGUGCCUUA